AUGUCCAUCGAAGCGAUUGGCGCUGCGGCGCCCACCGUGGCCAUGGACGUCGAACUGCCUGCCGUCAACUCCAAACCUGUCGCCCUGCACUCCCCGCCAGACAGUAACAAUGCCGUUGACCCCGACGGUAGCGACUCGGAACUCAGCGAUCUCGAUGAAGUCGCCGGCAAGCUGGAUGGUGUUCUUGGGGACGAGCUCAGGAACGAAUAUGAAGACGACGCCAUGGGCGAGUCCCAAGACGAACCCAAGGACGAGCUCCAGGAUGAACCCAAGGACAAGCCCCAGGAACCGCCCAAUGUAGAGCCGGAGUCUGGACCAGAACCCCCGCCGGUGGAAGACAUUGGCGAGGUUCUCCCCGACCACUGGUCCGGCGGCACCGUACCCGUGUUUAGGCCGACCAUGAAGCAGUUCAAGGACUUCAAGCUCUUCAUGGAGAAGGUCAACAAGUACGGCAUGAAAUCUGGCAUCAUCAAGAUCAUUGCGCCUGAUGAGUGGAAGCAGUCUCUACCGCCGGUGGACGACUUGAUCAAGCAAAUCCGCGUUCGAGAGCCGAUUAAGCAAGAAAUCAUGGGCUCUAACGGAACGUACCGGCAAGUCAAUAUCCUUCACCAGCGUUCCUACAACCUACCGCAAUGGAGACGGCUCUGCGAUCAAAGUGAACAUCAGCCACCUGCGAGACGAGGCGAGCGCCGCGCAAACUCGGAUAGAAAGGCUGCUACUAGGACUCGUGCUGCCGCCGAACCAAGCACCCGAUCUGCUGCAACGUCGACUCCGCCCAAGAAGCGAAGGGGUGGGAGAGUCACGCGAAGAUCGGCCAGAAACGCAAAGGAAGAGACCGAAGAGCCAGAGGACCGUCCGAUGACGCCUGUAUCACCGGCCCCCGAAAAGGAGGAGGUGCUAAAGUCCGUGGAAGAGGAACCGGGCGUCAAGGACGAGGAUUGCGAAGAAGAAGAGGAGGAUGGGCCUCCGGUGGUGCGAAGGAUGGGAUUUGCGAGGCAGUCAAAACAAAAAACCCAAUCCGUGUCGGCUCGCCGGAAAUACAUGCGGCGCGAAGGCUCCGCCAUGAUCGAUGAGGCUGCGUUUAAGGACUGGGAUUACCAGAUGGAUGUUUCCGACUUCACGCCGGAACGCUGCGAGGAACUGGAGAAGACGUACUGGAAAACGUUGACGUACGCGCCACCGCUGUACGGAGCAGAUCUUCCUGGCACUCUAUUCGGCGAUUCGGUCCAAAACUGGAACUUGAACAACUUACCCAAUCUCUUGGACGUUCUCGGUACCAAGGUCCCUGGCGUCAACACCGCGUAUCUCUACCUCGGUAUGUGGAAGGCAACCUUUGCCUGGCAUCUGGAGGAUGUCGACCUUUACAGCAUUAAUUACCUCCAUUUUGGCGCCCCGAAACAAUGGUACAGCAUCUCCCAGGCCGACGCCCGGAGGUUUGAAGCCGCCAUGAAAAACAUCUGGCCCACCGAUGCAAAGGCCUGCGAUCAGUUCCUCAGACACAAGGGGUUCCUCAUAUCCCCGUCACACCUGAAGCAGAAUUACAAUAUCACAGUCAACAAAUGCGUCUCGUACCCCGGCGAGUUUGUUGUCACGUACCCGUACGGCUACCAUUCGGGUUACAAUCUCGGCUACAACUGUGCCGAGGCCGUCAACUUCGCCUUGGACAGCUGGUUGCCGAUGGGAAAGAUCGCGAAGAAGUGCCAGUGCGCCCAGGCCCAGGACAGUGUUUGGGUCGAUGUCUACGAAAUAGAGCGCAAGCUCCGUGGAGAAGAGACCGAGUACGAAGAGACCGACGAAGAUGACGAGGACGAGGACGACGAUGACCAAGACACGGGUCUUCCGAGUCCUCCUUCGAGCCACACACUCAGAGUCAAAGCCCCGGGUCGGAAACGCAAGCGGGGUGCCAACGAGAAGGAGCCGCGGACCAAGACCAAGAAGAUUCGCCUUCGUCUCAAGUCGCACGUCGAGCCGCCCUGCUGUCUUUGUCCCAGCGACAUCCCAGGAGCCGAGAUCAUGCCCACGGACGAUGGCCGCAAGGCCCAUCGCAUGUGUGCACUCUACCUACCCGAGACGUACAUCGAAACGGUGGAUGGCCAAGAGAUCAUCGCAAACAUUGCCGCCAUCGACAAGGCCCGCUUGGAGCUCAAGUGUCUCUACUGCCGCUCCAAAAAGGGCGCAUGCUUCCAAUGUUCUCAAAAGAAAUGCCCGAGGUCUUACCACGCCACCUGUGCUGCAGCGGCAGGUGUCUUCGUGGAGGAAGAGGAAGUCCCAGUAUUCGGGGAGGACGGGACCGAAUACAAAGAGCAGGCAUUCGAAUUCAGCUGCCGCUUCCAUCGGACCAAGAGAGACCGAAAAGCGGAUGGAGAUGCUCUGGAAAACAACGCUCAACUUCGCGCGGCCGCCAAGGCUCUCAAGAAGAACGACAUAUGCCAACUACAGUACUACCGUGGAGAAAUAUUUGCCGGUGUGGUGGCGGAGAACCGCCUCGACGAGGAGACAUUCCUUCUCGACAUCAUUCCCAAUGGUGAUCGGGUCGAAGUCGAAUGGAAGUGGUUGCUUCUGCCCGACCCCGCAGACUUCCGUCUUCCCAAGGCAUCGGCCAAUGCUAUCCCUAUGCCGACCUGUAGGAAGGCGCAAAAAGAGAUCAAUGCUAAACGCGCCGUCGACGAAGCGCCUAGGAAGGACGACGAGUUUGCUCCUGGGUUUACUUGGGCCGAGUUUCACGCGGGCGACGUCAUCAAGAAUAAGACGCAGGUCAAGAUCGACUUCACCAAGGAGAACCAGGUCUGGCAUUACCUGGGCAAGACGUCUACCGAAGCAAAGGCCCAAUAUACCGAGGAUCCGUCACGACCGUGGCACAAUCCCAAGGGCAAUUUCCUGGACACCAUACCGAAACCGCCACCUCCGGUGCGAAUGCCACUAGUCCCUCAGGUGAGACAACUAGUACCCGGAGCGUAUCCGGGUUAUCCGGGCUAUCCGGCCGCCACUGGGGCGCCGUCAAGUACCGGAACCGGCAAGCAGGAGAAACCCUACGUCUACAAACCCCGGAAGCCGGUCGGGCCAAGUCCCGGUCAACAUGCUGCUCAGUUUACCUCGCACACCUUCUCUGUCAACACACCUUCGCAGUCCCCAGCGUUGCGGCAGUUUCACAAUUCUCAGGUGGCACCCCGGCCACAACCACAGCCAACUUUCCAGCAUCAUGUGUUUGCCCAACAUCCCCAGCAACACAUGCAACCGCAACAACAGCAGCAGCCUUCCUUGCAGGUGAAGCAAUACCAGCCACCAGCAUUGGAUGCCCAACGCAAGAGUUCCUCGGCAUUAUAUUCGCCGGAUCGGUUUGCGCCCGUCGGAGGUAGUAAUGGAUUCCCGAAGCUUCCCGGCUUAUCCUGGCCCCCUGCUCACAUGAAAUCAGGGCAAUCUGUUCAGCCUCAGUCAAGAGCCUGGCCUUCGCCGGCAGGCGCGGCUGCUCCGAUGACGUCGUCAGCCCUGAAAUCUCCGAGCGUUAGCAACCCGCAGCCUGGAGGAGCAGGAGGACAGCCGUACGUCAGCGCGUACCAGAAGUACGCCUUUUUCCAGGUGAACCACAACAGGGAUCCGUCAAAAUACCGAACCCCCUACGGCCAGUGGGGCGGCUUCACAAACGGGUACGAAGGGAACCUCCGAGAGUUCCUGAUCAAGACCCAAAAGGCUCUAUCUGGAGGAGGCAGCAAAGGUCCGGUCAACCAGGUCCCUAAUUCGCUGCUUCAACCGUUGCGGCCACGCCUCGAUACUCCGUAUGCGCAGAUUCUCCCCCGGCCACCGGCCCAGACCUCGCGAUCUCCGUCCCAAACCCCAGGGCCAAGCGCUCCUCAGGUGCCGCAGUAUCAUAACCACGGGUAUCCAGCCCAACCUAGGAACGGCAAUCAGGCCUUUGAUAUGAGGCAUCCUAACGCAGGGCCGCUGCACCCUGCCAAUCGACCGCAAUACGGGGCGCCGCAGCCGCAACACGGGGGCCAACCGAGCCACCACGUUUGGCAAGCGGUACCACAAGCCCCUUCUCAGACAUCAUCACAGCCGGCGCACACCCCGGCGCAGGGGAAACCGCAGUUCGCAAAACAAAGCCAUAGCCCAAUUCCGUUGCCGCCAUACGUGAGGCAGAUGACUACAGUGUCACCAACUGGUCCCAAGCCGCCGACUCUGGGCCGAACCCCUGAGCAAGGGGGCCCACACCCUCCACCUGGGGACUCGUUCACGGCCCCACCAGCAUCGACGCGACCCCAGCCAGGAGUCAGGGCAACCCCAGCGUCAGCCCCGAACAUGCAGCCACACCAGAACCCGCCGCAGCAGGGUCCAUGGACUCCGCCUGGUGGUGGCCAAGCGGGCUCAACAACAGCCCCUCAAUGGAUACCACAGGGUUCAAUGCCGACUCCAAGCCCAACGACCCAGCAAUCACAAAACGGCUCCGGUUGGGCGCCGCCACCACAAUCUCAGUCACAGCCAGUGCCACAAGGGGCCGCUGCCUCCCCGACAGGAGCCGGCACCGAAGACAAUUCGGCACUGGUAGAGAAGAUGAUGAUGAAUCUCAGGAGGGCGAGCCAAAAUUUCGGCAAGGUGGAGCAGGGCAAGAGCUUGACUGAGCAGCCGAGCCAGGGGCAGGGCCAGGCUGAAACUCAGCCUUGA